AAGUUCUCUCUCUCCCUCUCUCUCUGCUUCCCCACUGACUAUAUACAAAGAAAUAACCCACGUAUCUCUUUCUUUCUCUAUACUCUCUCAUUCUUGUAUGUAUUUAAUUGCAGUAAAGCUGUGUAAUGCAGUGUCUUUGAAGUUUGGAUUUUUGGCCUGAACAAUCUCUUAUCUGUGUUGCUUCGCAUAGCUCAGCUGGUUUAAUUAAUGGGUCUGACUUCUCUACAAGUUUGCAUGGAUUCAUCUGACUGGCUCCAGGGCACAAUUACCGAUGAGACAGGACUGGAUUCUUCUUCACCAUCUGGGGACAUGCUCACAUGCUCAAGGCCUUUAAUAGAGAGAAGGCUCAGACCCCCACAUGACCAAGCCCUCAAGUGCCCUAGGUGUGAUUCAACUCACACUAAGUUCUGUUACUACAACAAUUACAGCCUCUCUCAGCCAAGGUACUUCUGCAAAACUUGCAGAAGGUAUUGGACCAAAGGAGGAACACUAAGAAACAUUCCUGUUGGUGGUGGGUGUAGAAAGAACAAGAAGGUUUCUUCCAAGAAAUCAAAUGAACAAACAGUUAAUCAGAACCCUGGAUCAUCUUCUAACAAUCCAACUGAUCUUCAACUUUCAUACCCAGAGGUUCAAUUCUCUCACCUCACUAAUUUACUAGGCCAGCAUGGAAGCCUUAGUCUUAGUAACCCUACUUUCAUGGACACCAAGUACAAUGCCUUUGUUGAAAACCCUAGACCCAUUGAUUUCAUGGAGGGUAAGUAUGAUUUCAUGGGAAAUGGAGAAUUGGGUGUGAUGGGUGGGAUUCCUGAUAUGGGUACUCAUGGGUUGGGCACUGGUUUCCAUGGCCUUUGCUCUCCAUUUGGAAUGUCUCUUGAUGGGAACCCUAGUGGACCUUUCAUGGACAGUGGCCAUAGAUUAAUGCUUCCUUAUGAAGGAAAUGAAGGUCAAAAUGCAAUGGAUGUGAAGCCAAACACCAAGCUUUUGUCACUGGAAUGGCAAGAACAAGGCUGUUCUGAUGCUGGGAAGGACUCUUUUGGUUAUAUCAAUGGUCUUGGAGCUUGGACCGGGUUGAUGAACGGUUAUGGAUCGUCUGCAACAAACCCAUUAGUUUAAAAGAUCCAAAUGAUGGACGGUCGAGAUUAUCUGCAAGAAUAUGUCCUAACUCGGAUUGUAUCCAACUACUUAAUUUUAAGGAUAUGCCUUUGAUGAAAAAGGUUUUUAGGGUUUCUUUCUGUGAAGUUUUUUCCUCUAAAUUUGACUUGACUAGGUGAGUGUGAAUGGCCAAUGUGAGGGUCCAAAUAUGACUGCUUUAGUAUCUUAAUGUUGAUCUUCAUCUUUGUAUUUUAUUUGCUGUUCGUCAAUGUUUAUUAUAUUUUGGCGUCUUGGUUGGAAGACUGUGAAAGCUGUAGGAUUCUGUAAGAUACGGAGGACGACACAAUAUCGUUGCUUUUUAGUUACAUUGAAGAUGUGCUCAUUUACUACUUGGUGAAUGUUUUUAUAAAUCAUGGCAAUUUUUUGGGAC